AUGGACUCUGUUGAGGUUGAUCAAAUAAACAAUAUUGAAAGGGAAAUAGAUGAAAUCAAAGCGGAUAUAGCACUAAUAGAAAAAGAUCUAACAUCAAGUCAGUUGCAAAAGCAACAGUUGCAAGAAGAGAUUGAAGUAUUGGUGUUGGAACAACAAAAACAGAUGCAAGACAAAACAAAGGAAUCACCUAUCCCCGAUGCUGCUGAUGAAAUGGAUAUUGAAAUACCUGAAAUUAUAAAACAUAAUUAUUUUGAUCCUAGUAUUCAAAAGUAUUUCCAACACCCAACACCACCCCAAUCGAACCAGUUGCCUUCUCAUGAAAAUGCAUUACCCACAAUUGUAUCGUCUCAAUUGAAACCUAUCAAUGAUUUAGAAUUAAAAGAAAAUGUGCUAUAUGAAAAUAUUUUCCGAAUGUUUGGUGUAACUGCAUUCCCGAUAAAUCAAUAUUUAUUCAAAAAUAAUAAUGACCCGAAUGAACAGAUUUUGGGAUUACGAUUCGAUCUUUAUUCAAAUUUCACUAAAUGCUUCCAGCAACCUCAUUAUUGUAUACUUCGAAAAUUAUCAUUUGAAAAAAAUGAAACUAUUUUUUAUAAUUGGAUAGUUUAUAAACAUACACUACCGUCCUAUAUCCCAAUUGAUGAAUAUUCCAAAAUCUUGAAUGAAAGCAAUAACGAUAAUAACAGCAACAACUUGUUCAAAUUUGCAGAAUCGAUUCAAUUAACUUUAACCAAGACUCAAUAUAAAUUAGAUAAGUUUAAUCAACUAUUACGAUUUAAUAAGAAUCAAUUUGGUUUGGAUAAAGAUGAAGCAAUUUUCAUAAAUUUAGAUUGUGAUCUACUGGGUCAACGAAUAUUGUUAAAUUUAAGUCAUAAUUCUAAAACUCAAAUAAAGAAAACUCAAAUGAUGGGACUCGAAUUGAUUUGUUCCAAUGAUUUAAUUGAAGUUAUACAUUUUACUAAUUUCCCAAAUACCAUUAAUUCUAAUCAACUAUUAAUUUGUCAAGCUAUAUUACAAAACUCCAAAAUUAAUGAUUUGAUUAAAAAUUUUAGAAAAGUCAUUCAAAUUUUAGUUAAAUACAAAGUAAUAGAAUAA